AUGGAGUGCGUGGGCACGCGCAUCCCGUACGCAAAAUGGCGCCUGAAUGCGUUCCGACAAUUGCUAGCGACUUCACAUGCCCAGGCUGUCAGUCGGGGUAUCUCGACCUCGCGACAAACAGACCAGCCCAAUGAAGCCAUGUUGGAGACAAACAAAGGCAAUUCGAGUCCGGACACCGUACCUCCUUCGCAGCGACUUCCACAGUCUCCUCUCCUCACGCGUUCUCGCCCUGGGGCUGAAAAGAAUCGCAAGAGACGCCCCACGAAACAGGAGGAAGCCGACCUGCUCAAGAACCCGUGGGCCCUAAUGCUGGCUUCGCCGCCACGCAUGUGCUCUGUAACUGGUGCUCGACUGCCGUCAGCCCUACUGGGGACUUGGGGCCUUGUUAGGCAACCAGAUUCAGACAAGCUCUAUAUGAUGCCUGUCGGUCUGCUGCAAGACUCGCUGCAAAGCGAUAAGACCAAGAACCUCGGCUCAACAUCAAAGCCAACGAUUCCAAGCCAACAUGAAAGUUUAGCGACGGGGAUACAAGGCCAAGAAGAGGAUCCCUUGGACGAAUCACCAAUUCCAACAUCCCCAAAUAAACAGACUGGACGCCAGCUCGUGCUUCGCAUUGCUGAGCUUCUUCCACUUCUUCGAUCUAUUUCAGUGCCACUAUCCGUAUCAAAGAAGGGCGGGAAAAAGUCAUCGAUUAUGCGGUUGUUGCCGUUCCGUUGGAAGCAUCCCCAGGGCCCUGUGACAGCGCACGAAGAGAAAAAGAUCAUCUGGUCGGAGGAUAUGCCGGAACUUACCUUGCGGAGUAUGAGGGGUUUCGUUGUCAAGAAGCUGGGUGCAGUACUGGAGAAGUACAAGCGCGUUGGCACCUCCAACGGUGUCUGGAGGGCUCUGGAUCUACCCGAGUACUCGGAUGAUGCGCUAAAGGAGGCUCUAGGAAGUCUGGAGUCAUUCGAUCGGAUGGAAUGUGGCGGAGUCCUGCUUCUUGGCGCGAAGAAUUCUGCGGCUGCUGGUUCUGCGUCUUCAUCGAGUGUCUCUUUGGACUCGGUGCUUCUCCCGCAAACUGGAUCGAAGGUGCCUGUGUUUGAUCUGCCAGUGCUCUUUUCUGAAUCUGAUAUCAACAGACUCCGUGAAUCCCACGCUCAGUUCCAACACACUGCACUGUUCUUCAGACCAGAGGAUAAGCUUGGUAUUGAUGCGAUGAUAUCUCUCUGGAAAAUCAAACGACUUCUUCAUGGUGUUGAUCUGACACGGCAAUGA